AUGUGUACCCAUGGCUGGAUGCAGGAUGUAGUGACAGAGACCAAAUUAGGGAAUUCAAUAUAUGAACGGACAGAUCAAGGUAGCUGCCCCGAAGAACGACAAGGAGGGUAUCCAGAUAUCUAUGGUACGAGUGACAGGAGAUUACCGAGUACCUCGCACAUAGAGAGUCUCAAUGCUAUGAUUUCGAGUAAACUAUCGCGCCCAAACCUAGCAACGGAACAACAAACUUCUCACGCAACUCAGUGCUUACAGUAA